AUGCAGGUAGUGCUGAUGUGGGUCGCACGCGAGGCGCCGCCGCGGCCGCCGGCGCCGCGCCGCGCCGCUGCCCACUCGCUCUGCUGCCGCCGAAAUAAGUGAACGUCUGGGUGUACACUAUGGAUUAUAUUAAAACAGUGUUACUGCUAACGCUCUGCGCGGGCGCUCACGCCGACGAACCCCUCAGUGCAGCGAUGCAGCGGCGGAGAGACGCGCAUCCCGUGUACGCCAGGCAAUAUGCGGAGGACUACGAGCCCUACGCGUAUGCUGCCAUCCCUCUUCACGCGCCGAUGCCCAUCGUGCACCUCCUGUCACCCUCGCCCAUGAACAAGUACAUCCCAAACCACAAGCAUCGCACGCGGCCACCAGCCGACCGGGAUCUGGAAGCGUACGGCUCCACGCAGACCGAGGAAUAUGAACAGUACGAUUAUAAUAAUCUUGCGUAUAGCUCAAAUAGCCACAAGUACUCCAACUCCUUGUCCAACGAGGAAGAAUCUCAACCUGUGGUGAUUUACGCCCGCCCGAACAAAAACGGAGGCUAUACGUACCGCAAGCGACCCUCCUCUGUGACCCAGGCGCCGCGCCCCAAACGUGAGCCUAUCGUCUUUAGAAUACACAAAUAUAAGAUAAUCAAGGAUUAGCCCAAGUGGAGGUUGACGCAUACAAGAUGGUGCUGCUACGACAAAAUUUCAAAAUGUGCAAAACCGUUACAUUCAAAAGUGGUUCUUUAUGACUUGAGUUUAUUAAUUUAUAAUGCGUUAAUAGCUCUUCAGGUCUCAAGUCUUUCCUUUUGUUAUACUCAGAAAAGAUCAGAAUACAGUGGGAUAUGAGAAAAAUUAAAACAAUGCUUUUUCAAAUAAGGGUUUCGAGAAGUUGUGAUCGAUUUUGUAUUUUAGGUAAAUUACAAAAGUUGUAAAUAUUAUUCUAAGCAUAUUGUUUAAUUAAUUAGGAAACAACUAGUAUAUUAAUUUAUUAUUGUGUAAAAAAUGAUGUGCAGCUAUUUUUAUAAGUUACUUUAAGGUUAUUACGAUAAACCGGUGAAGAAACAAUAAAAAAUUGCCAAUAAUAUUAAACAUUAUCGUAAUUUCAGAAAUAUUUAUCGUAAAACUAUUGCAUAUAAUAUUGUGUAAUUAGUCUCUGAUCUAAUUUCACUACUUUUAAUUAAAUAAUUAAUAAAUUUUUUUAACUCA